CACGUGACUUCCGGCGGCAGUCUAUUCUCCCCAGUCCCCACGUGAACCGAAAUGGCUACUCCCAGCCCAGAGUCAACUCUUCUCGGCGUUUGCGACGGUGAGUUGGACGACUCUAAGCAUCGGUCGUCCUUCCUCACCAACAAGGUGGGAGGCCUCCCGGACGUUGUGCCGGGCCUACGACGCUCGUUCCCCCGUUGCGAGUGUUGCUCGUUCCCGCUCGUCCACGUGGUGCAGGUCUACUGCCCCUUGGUGGGAUCGCCCUAUCACCGGACACUCCAGCUGUUCGCCUGCCCGGCUGCUGAGUGCAGCGGCCGGCCAGAGAGUUGGACGACGUUCCGCUCUCAGUGUCUGGAGGUCGAAGGGGGGGCGGGGCGGACGUCCGCCAGGGCCGAGUCGGCCAAAGAGGCUCCUCUGUCGGCCAGUGAUUGGUGUGACUCCGCCGAUGAUUGGGGCAUUGAGGAGGAAGCUGAGGAAAAAGUCGAGGUCGUUCUGGAGAAGGACAAAGUUCCAGAUGUUCCUGAAGACAUGAUCAGAGACCGGCUAGAUAUGCUUCAUAUCGCAGAGCCUCAGCUGGGCGUUCCUGUCCUGCGACCGUUCUUCAUCAGUGUGGUGGACGAAUGCGACGUAUUGGCUGAUGACGAAGAAGGGCUUUCGCAUGCUGAAAAGCUGCUGAGGGAUUAUGAGAGAAGAGAAGGAGCAGUCGCAGGCGAGCUGGAGAGUGGCCAAGAGGACAGUGGUGGCGAAAAAUAUGAGAAGAGUCGAGCACGUCACGGCGACCAUUCCUUCUCCAGAUUCCGGAAGAGGAUCUCGGCGUGUCCGCAGCAGAUCUUGCGCUAUUGUCGCGGUGGGCGACCGCUCUUUAUCUCGGAACCGCCUUCGGACGAUCGGCAACUGGUGCCGCCAUGCAAUUCCUGUGGGGGCCUACGCAUAUUUGAGUUCCAGCUAAUGCCAGCCCUGGUCAGUCUGCUGAGCUGGAAGGACGCUGGCGGGACUUCUGCCAGCUCGCAGCUGGAGUUCGGGACCGUGCUGGUCUACACUUGCGCCAACAGUUGCUGGACAUCUUCGGAGCGGCAACUUCGCAACGAGUUCUGCUUUGUCCAAAUGGACCCGGACCAGGAACUAUUUAAAUGAACCACAACACUCUUCUCCUGUCUUGGGACAUUGUGAUUUCCUCGGAUUUUGUAGAAGUGGUCAAUUGAAAAUGUAAACCCUUGGGUUGAUAUACAGACAAGGGACUUCAGUUGUGCCUUAACAUUUCUAACUUUUUCGCUUCAGACCACCACUGUUAGAUGGCAGCAGUGCACAUCAAACCUUGGGGGAAUUGCAGUAUCGUGCCAAUUAUGUGAUAAUAGUGGAACUACAUCCAAAACAAAACUAUAGCAGGAUCGAAAGGCACGAGGAAGGGCGAAUUCCAGGAACGAAAUAAACUCCUUUAGCAAGGCACCACUAUAUUAAUAGACCACCACUGUUAAAUGGCAGCAGCGCACAUCACACUUUGGGGGAAUUGCAGUAUCGUGCUAAAUGUGUGAUAAUACUGGAACUACAUCUAAAAACUUUGUGCUAUAGCAGGAUCAAAAGCCACGAGGAAGGGCGAAUUCCAGGAACGAAAUAAACUCCUUUAGCAAGGCACCACAAUAUUACUGUUGUGCCAUUGUUGUCUUGUUCCAUGCAAAUCAUUGUGAUCCCAACCAAUCACAGAUUACAUUGUCGCAAGAAUUAUAUAAUUGAACACAGCAGUCACAUGACACAGCAGAGGUGCACAAACAGGAAAUGAAGUAUUAAAAAUAGAUUUAAAACUGGCCAAUAGAAAAGUCGUAAGCGUUUCGGUGGUUUUCGCUAGUGCUGGCUUAGUGAGGGAAGGACGGCUUCGCCUGACUUGAAGUCCCAGUCGCACUGGUGGUACUGGUCCGGUGGGUCGGCUCUAGUGGCACUGCUCUGGUUGCAUGCGUCUCUGUCGAUGAUUUCAUUGACUACACACACACACACACACACAGAAGCACACAGUUCUUGUCAGAGAGCAACACGACCAAUCCAAAGCAAUGGCAAGAAGUCACUGGACACACAAAUAUGGAAGCCGAACUUCAAAUAAAACGGCAAUUUUUUUUCACAAAAUCCCAUGUUUAAUUUCUUUGCCUUCACUUCACAAAGCAAAACUGAUAGUUGAGUUGUCCCAACCCCCAAUUUUUUUCUUAAUUUCUUUAGGGUUCCUUACUAAUUUUAACAAAGCUUCUUAAAAAGCCAUUGCAUUUUAUUUGGUAGGUCUUAAAUUCUGAAUUACAUGUAAUUGUGCAUCGAAUUUGCUGUGGGAUUUGCAUUUGAUUCCGACAUCGGCCAUUUAACAAAAAAAUAAGCAGAUUUAAGAAAAAGAAAAAUGUGUGGGUAACUGGCUGGUGCCAGAAUAUCGGACACCGGAAAGACCCUGCAGCAGCUUGAAGGCAGGCUGCUACAGGAAGCUUUAGGCUUGCCUGUUUUGUAAACAUUGUAAGAUUUUUUUUUUUUUUUUAAUCCCUCAUGAAAGAAUAUGCAAUGUUGCUUUAGCUUUUUAGGGCGUUUACCGUGUGAUCCUUACAAUCUAAAUGUAACUUGUAGCAUUAUCUUUAGCAUGGUGAGCAUCCUCAAACUCUUCGUGACCCUGAUGGGUUUAAUUAUUUGAAAAUAAUGUAUUUUUCCUGCCGAGUGUGUGUAAUCAUAAAAACAAGUGCUGCAUUCGUUGGUUUGUUAGCACUAGACCAAAUUAAUCCUUUCAGUCUCUGGUCUAAAUUGUAAAUUUGAAGAUGUUGAAGCAUUUUUUAAAAAACUGCCUUUAUAAACACACACGCACACUUAAAAAAAAAAAAAA